AUGCAAUUGCCGGGUUUUCAGCUGCACUUUCCUCACGCUACCAGAGCGCAAGGAAAGUACUACCGAGAACCGGGAGUUGUCAGAGCAGGGAUCGGCACCGAUGAUCGGUGCCCAGCAGUGCCACUCACCAUUUCCACCCACCUGUGCCCAGCAGUGCCACCUACCAGUGCCCAGAAGUGCCACCCACCUGUGCCCACCAGUGUCACCCACCAGUGCCCAUCAAUGCAGUGCUGCCAGUCAGUGCCACCAUUAAGUGCCCAGCGGUUGUGCCAGUCAUCAAUGCCUAACAGUGCCGCCAUUCAGUGCCCAGCAGUGAUGCCAGUCAGUGCCACUUAUCAGUGCUGUUUAUCAGUACUCAUCAUCAGUGCCACUUAUCAGUGCCGCCUAUCCGUGACACCUCAUUACUGCUGCCUAUCAGUGCUGCCUAUCAGU